AUGCUGCCACUACUUACUAAUAUACUUCCUGCACUUAAUAACGCCAUCCUGAUUUCGAGUGCUACCUUAGAAGGCGCUACGUUUAAGUGCUCGACGGGAAACCUUUUCGGGACCAAGUUUCGAGGACUCAACUUGGCAAUUUGUGCGUCGGGUUCUUUAGGUAUUCACAUUUACGGCAGCGAUAUGGAAAUUGAGAUCAAGUAUUUGAAAAAACCUGUAACGGUUUCAGCGCCAAAUCUGGAUGCUAGCGCGACGAGCAAGUGCAAGGCCGUCAUGAAGGCUACUGUAGUGACUGCUGCUACGACCGUUUUGCUUACUGGCGAGGCAAAUUCUGACAGUUCGAGAAGUUUCGACUAUGGCCCGAAUAUCACUUUGAGUACGACUUCGUGCUCGUGCAUGUCGACGCCGCGUCCGUGUCUUUUUAUCCACGGCUUGGGAAUCAACUACACGAAAGCAAACCUCCACGACUCGUUCUCAUCUUACUGGGGAGAUGUGUCAGACCAUGCACCAUGUUGCACGGAAUUCAAGUACAUGAUCUGGAAUUCCGUGGAGACUGGCUGGAACAACGAAAAACAACAGCAAAUUAUGUGCGACCUUGCCACCUCUUUGACUGAAUCCAGCUCACGAACCGAUAUUGCGGACACGAUUAUCGUCACGCAUUCUAUGGGCGGACUCCUUUUGGCAGGUGCACUUGCUAAUGGAAAGUGUACCAUUGCAGAGAGCAGCUCGUGGGUUGCUACGAGUCCUCCAAUGUUAGGAAGCAUGGGUUCUGACUAUGCUAUACAAUCUUGUACUGGUGAGCACACUGUUAUUAUGGAGGAAGUUGGCAAUAUGACGGGCGAAUGUCCCAUACGGAAUGGUACGUAUUCACUUACGUAUGAAGGCGGAGAGAUGAGUUCGACAAAGUUGAACGAGGAUUUCAAAGCAGCACAGAAAGUUUAUCGGUCUCGAGUGUAUGCAGCAAUGUGCAGCAACUGGUACGUUGGGCUGUUUUCAGCGCUUCAAGUCAGGUAUAUGCUGCUAGGUGUUACAGUUCAUCAUAAGUCGAGGCAAAACGAUGGCUUGGUCGAGUUUCAGAGCUGUGCAGGUGGCCUGCCACUUGAUCAGUUUAGCAAUCACUACAGUAGCCGAUUCUACGUGACACAUCUCAACCAUGCCGACACCACGUUUUAUAAUGGUGACGGGCUUUUCAAUUCCGCAAAAAUGCCUGUGAAAUGGUUCGAGUGCGUGUUGUAG